AAAAAUAAUAUAUAUUGUUAAUGACACCUUACUGUUGUUGUGUUCAAAAUAGGAGACAAAUAAUCUUAAAGCAAUAUGAGCUGUAUUUUUUAGAAUUUUAUUUUCUUGCAAAAAUCUGCUAGAGUGAUAAGUAUGCAUGUACCAUAAACUUUUAUGAUUAUUAAGACUUGAAAGAAUCAUUAAUUUUCGUCAGAAAAAGGUUUCUCUUCAAAGGAAUAUACAGCAGAUCAAUUUUUGUACAGGACGACAAUAAUUUAAUUUUGCUUCAAUUAAGGCUACUUUACGGCUUUUCCAAUAAAAAUAUGGCUAACAGAACUUUAAAAACCAUGAUAUUUUUGUCAUUUAAGUAGAAAAUAACAAUUUCGUAUAAAAAAAUUUCAGCAUGAAAAUUGCAGCUCAUAUUGUUUUAAAUAAGUUUACACUGUAACGUCAUGAUAAUUUUUUCGUUUUAGCUAAAGUCACAAAAAGAACAAGUUGUUUUGGUUAUUUUAAAUUUUAUAAAUUUGACCCAAAUCGUGGCCAUGUCCCUUUAAGAGUCGAUGUUACACAUUUGAACGUUAAAUGUACUCAAAUACCUGCUUUUCAUGAGCUGUUGCACAAUUUUACACCUGCACUCUGGUAACCUGAUCUGUCUUUACACUGCACUGCGCCGAUGUGACCUUUGGUAUUUUGGGGGGUUUUUUGCUCUUAUUUUUUCUGUUUAAUUCUAAUGGGGAAUGGUUACAAUUUCACAGAACGGGAUGAUUACAGUUCUACGGAAGGUUCAUAAGUAAUUAGGCUUUUUCGUUAAUUUUCUUCUGCGAAUGCAAAAAUAGUCUUCUGGAUAUACAAUGUAAUAUUCUUUGUCAAAACAAAUGAUAAAAACCACCAGCAUAUUUACCUUGCAGUCAUCUUCUAAAGCAAGCUAAUCUCGCGACAUCUAAUGUAACUUAUGUUUAGUCUCGCGAGAUUUGAGACUUACGUCGGACAUUUUCAUUGGCUUAUCUGUAAUCGCUCUAGAAAACCAACAACAUAAACGAAACAUGAAAUGAUUUUUCGUUUGAUGAAAAAUUGACAUUUGGUUGCCUUUUAAGCGUUGUAGGAUGAGAAGAAUACAGUGGCAGUAUGUUGUCCUUAUGCUUGGAGUAUGUCUGUCAAUACAUCUUCUAGGAAAUCUAGUGGUGAAUAAUUUCCACCAAAGACUCAACAAUACGGAUAUGCAUAAAACACCCCCAGAGCCAAAAACCCCACUCAUCCAAAACAAGAACAGUGUCGUGUCCAGUCAUUACAAUCAAGAGAUACUUAACACUGCAGAUUACAAAUCUAAUUCCACCAAAAACAUCGGUAUAUUAUUUUACAAUAAGCCAUCUUGGAUGUCUUUCGAGUCAACAGUUAUUGAUUCAACAAGAUGUCCCAAUAUAAAACAAAAAUGCACAAUAUAUACCAAUAACAAGAAUUACGAAAAAUCAAAGGGAGUUAUUUUCUAUGGGGAGAAACUUCCUUCAAAAGUCCCAGAGAAAAAGAAUGGGCAGGUUUGGACGUUCUUUUCGAUUGAAUCUCCUUUUCUGUAUUCUGUAAGGCUGGAGUGGAAAAAUAAAUUUUCAUGGACAAUGACAUAUAGACGAGACUCUGACUUCACCUAUUUUUACGGAAAAAUUCAGAAGCGAGAAAUCCCAUUGUCCCGAAACUACUCUGAAGUGUACAAAAGAAAAAACAAGACCAUAUCAUGGGCUGUAAGCAAUUGUAACUCGUUUUCAAAACGUGAGGAAUACGUUAAGAAACUCCAGAAGUACAUAGGUGUGGAUGUAUAUGGUAAAUGUGGAAAACUUAAAUGUGGACAGCGGUCGGCGGGUGUAACCGACUGUCACAAAAAGUUCGCGGAAGAAUACAAAUUCUACCUAGCAGUCGAAAACUCAAUAUGCAAAGACUACACCACAGAGAAACUAUUUAAUUUUUUCUUUUACGAUCUCCCUAUGAUUCCCAUAAUCAAUGGACCUAAAAAUGCCCAUGAAUACAUACCAAAGGGAACGUACAUUAAUAUACUAGACUACGCAUCUCCUGAAGAAUUGGCUAAGGAUCUAGAAAGAAUUGGAUCAAACGAAACUCUUUAUUCCGAGUAUUUAAAGGAGAAGGACAAAUAUACAGGAAGUAGAUUUCGUUGGGAAUUAGUUUUAUGUCCAAUGUGUUCUAGACUUCAGGAAUAUUCUUUAGCCAGUAGCAAAAUUAUACCAGAUAUUAAUUCUUGGAUUUGGAAUGAUACUUGUAUCAAGCCAUAAUGUUCGUAGUAUGUUUUUAAUGUUAAAUAGUUCUAAUGUGGGAGAUUAAAAUUAAAAUCUG